AUGUAUACAGUGUAUGCAAUGUAUGCAAUGUACAUAAUAUGGGGACAGGAAUGUGCUUAUAGCAAUGGAGCAAGGUGUGCUUAUAAAGAAUGGGGACAGGGGGUUUUUUACUAUACUUUUUCAAUUUCCAUUAUUACAUUGCUAAAGUUAAAACAAAACAAUGAAGUAAGCAACUCAAUUGAUGAACACAAUCUCGAUAUCCAGGUAGCUCAGCUAUCUGUAACAGAGGAUAUUGAUAUGAGGAAGGUUCCUACCCUUAACAGGGAGAUACUUGAGAUUAGGUUCAACGAGGAUAGUACCAGUGAGAGCAAAGAAAUUUGCAUCCAAAGGUCAAUCCAAGUUACCCAGAGAAAAUUUGUCUUACUCUGUAAGGAGUUGAAUGACAUUGCUCUUGAUGAUGAUCUCAGAGAAGAACAACUGGUUGCGAAAAUUAACAACAGCCAGACAGAAGGAGUCAAUAGAACUUCUGAGAGUGAUAGAAUGAGCUCUCGUAGAACAAGCAGUUUUAUAAACUACACGUUCUCAUUGGAAGACAUUCCCAGGUUUCAGUUGAGUAAUAUGAACAAACUGUAUUUUCUUUCAAAAGUAGUUUAUGAUAAUGUGAAUGCUUUUAACUCUGCCUAUGAGUUUUUUAUGUCUACAGCAGGUCUCGACUGCAAAUCCAGAUGGAAAAGCUUUAUCAAUAGAGAAUUUUUUGAAAUUUUCAGAUUUUCUGAAAAAAAAUAUACAGAACAAUUUAUAUCAAGUUAUUCUGAAAAAUUGAGAGUCCGAUUUUCUUCAGUAGGGGGUGCCCUUUCUUCAAAAUGCAUUGAUGUAUUCUGCUUUGCAUUGAUGCCACAAGAUUCUAGCAAACCUCCUCCGGAAUACUAUUCUACUCUUUUUGGAAGCGGACCUACAGCUCUCUCAUAG